GAAAGUGAAUUUGUUAUGAUUAUUUUAUUCGUUACAUACAAUAUUUUGUGUACUAAAACUCUUUUGUAUACUGAUUAACAUAAAAUGACUGAAGAAAAAUUGUGUAGCGAUGAAGUGCCUCAAAAAUUUACAGAAUGGAUGUUGGGUAUGGGAUGUCCAACAGAGUUUCUUAGUACAGAAAAAAUUUCUUUAAUAUGCAGAGGCCAAUAUUAUAUGGUAUGGCGGAGUUUAAUGGAACAUGUUUUUCCUAAGAAAACAAUAAAAGAAAAGAGAUUACAGGUGUUCUACAAUGAUAUAAAUAUAUGUAAAAAUAGCAACGCAUUUAAUCAGCAAAAUACAAAAGUAGUGGUACCGGAGCAACUAUCAGUUUGGCGGGAACACAAAGCCUUACAGAACAAUGUGUGCGAUGCAGAGAACAGAUUGAAACAAUCACAGGAUACGUUGCAACAACUUAUGGAUAAAAUUGAAACAAGAAUGUCACAACGUAAUAUAUCAUUUCAAAAGAUACAAGAUCUCCAGCGUAGAGUGUGUCUUCUCCAGCAUGUUAUAGAAGAUUUGAAAUCUAAGAAAGAUAACUUCGAGGAGACAGCAACAAUUGCAAAUUCUUUGUGCCAUGUCAAAGAUGAUGGUGAUGUUCAGACUAAGGUAGACAAAUGUCUAGCAGUACUGCACCGUCGGGGGUCUCAGGUGUCGAAUGUGGCCUCUCUCUCCCUGGCCUCCAUCGCGAACCCUGCUGCCUGCUCUUCAGUUGUGUCUACUCAGAGUGAAUGUACUGAUAUAGAAGACGAGGUGUCAUCUCUGAUGUACUGUGGCGCGGCGGUGUGGGCGCAGCUGCGCGAGCGACGCGCUGCGUUAGCUAAUGCCAUAGCCGCAGCCAAAAUUGAAACUAGAUCUAGUGAUCGCGAUAUACGUGUCACCCCCCAGUCAGUGAUAACACACACGGCCAGCCUGCAUUGCACACUUGCAUUAGAAGUUAUGAAGAACAGAUUGCACUUUGAUAAUAUACAAUCUAGAUUAACUAAUGCCGUCUCACAAUUAAACGACUGCCUCACCGGAGAGAAUUGUGAGCUUCUGGUAUUGAAAUGUGAGAAAGAACAAUCGGAAGCCAAAGUGAAUGCGUUAAAAGUGUUAUUGCAAGAGUUGAAUACGAAGAGUGGAAUAUUCCAAACUAAUGAUGAAGUAAUUGACUCACAAAAACCAAUACAACAGAUAGCAGUUAUUGAUAAAUCUAUUGAGACAAAACGAGAUGAAUUGAUGUGUUUGAUUGGUUCCCUGUCUAUGAUGGAACGGAAGAUACACAACACUAGAGAAUGUCUGCUCAAUGUUUUCAAUAAUCUGAGAAAAGAUUUGCCCGCACAUGAAAAUUAUGUUAAUAAAGGAAUACAACUAGAUUUCCCUAAAGAGCAACUAUCUACACUUCGUCAAUAUUAUGAAGAAAGACGGGAGAGGCGCAGAUCAAAACAAGAUCUAAGCCUAGAUAUGGAUAUGUCAGAAACCUCAUUCAGUGACGUUGGUAAUGAUCCAAGAUUUGUUGAUGAAUUAAAAAUUUAUUUGAACAAAUUUAAAUUGGAAAUGAACAGGAAACUUGUUUUAGAAAGUGGUGAGAAAAUCUGGAUAUUUGAAACUAUACAAGCAUUGAUCAGUCAGCUGCAAUCACAAUGGUUAAUAGAAGACAUGUCCUGUUCCCUUCUACCUCCAUCCACUGGUCUUAACACUUUGCGUCAGUUGCUUGAAGAAAUUGACAUGAAGUGUACACUUGAAGCUCUUGUUAGACAAAAUAAUGGUGUUAGAGUAAAGAAUGUUUCUAUAGAUAUAAAAUCAAUAACCGAAGAAGAAGCACAAAGAGUUGAUAAAAUGAAAAAGCAAAUGGCGCACAACCAAUUAACAUUACAACAAAGCAUUAAAACUUUGGAUAUAGGACUGGAUAAUUUAAAGUUCUGGAGCGAUAACGAUCUUAAAAAAUAUAUCUCCAUUAACAGAACAGUCGAUGGAAAAACAUAUAAAGAAUAUGAAACUACUUACUUAGAAACUCUUAGCUUAAGUGUUUAAAAAUUAUGUAACAGCGUUUUUGUAUAUUAAAACAA